AUGAGCGUAUCCGACUCUGUCGGGCUAUCUCGGCGAACAGGCACAGGGUCCGAUGCGCACGAACAGGUUUUGAUGGCUCCUCGUCGUCCCUCUUCGCUCACCCCAUCCCCCCGCAUGGUUCACUUUGAGACUAUUCCGGAGGCCGAGUCGGAUUCCCCGCGCGCCUCUCUCCAUCCGCGCGCCGCCGCCCACCCGCGCGUAUCGGCCUUGGCUCCCCCUCACCCUGGCUUAAGAUCGGCCACAUACGGCCUUGCCCCUCCCUCACGCUUUGCGUCACGGGAAGAAAGCACUCCCCGGGCGCUUGUCAACUCGGGCCGGAUAAUUGCACUACCGUCGUUUGAAGACGAUGCAUUCACCUCGAUGAAAGGGUCAUCAAGUUAUGCGUUUGGUACAAACCCCGUUGCGAUUGCUAUCGGACGGGGGUUCGAACAGUGGGGACAAUAG